AACUGUUUAUCAUUUAUGUCAAAAGUCGAAAGAAAUAUUUCGUUUUGCUGCAGCGUAACAGCCUAUUUGCUUUGUCCGGCUUUUCGAAAAAAUAAAAAUCCACAUAACUUUUACAUGAAGAAUCUAUAUAUACAUAAAUAAGAAUCAAGAAUGCAGAGUGUUAUAAAUACAGUAAAAGGCACAGCUCUUGGGGUCGCCGGUUACUUGACACCAGUUUUGAAGGAAUCUAAAUUCCAAGAAACUGGUGUUCUAACUCCUGAAGAGUUUGUGGCGGCUGGUGAUCACCUGGUGCACCACUGUCCCACCUGGCAGUGGGCGAAGGGAGAGGAGUCUAAAAUCAAACCAUAUCUACCAGCUGAUAAGCAAUUCCUUAUAACAAGGAAUGUACCAUGCUAUCGGAGAUGCAAGCAGAUAGAAUACUGUGAGGAUCAUGAGAAAAUAAUUGAAGAUGAAAAUGAUGGAGAAGGUGGCUGGGUGGAUACGCAUCACUAUGACUCUGCAGGAUCACCAACUGUUGAAGAGAAGGUAUGCGAGAUGACAUUAGAUGCAGCUGAAACAGGAGAUAGUGAUGGGGAUGGGGAUGGGGAUGGAGACGAUGACGAUGAUGGAGAUGAUGGGGAGGCUGAGGAUAUGGAGCACUUCCAGGAGUCUGGCUUGUUGGAUGAGGUGGACCCGUCGGUGGCGCUGAGCACGCGCGCGGCGCGGGGCGCGGCGGGGGGCGCGGGGCGGGGCGCGGCGGGCGGCGCGCGCGGCGGCGACGAGAUCGUGCGCACGCGCACGUACGACCUGCACAUCACCUACGACAAGUACUACCAGACGCCGCGGCUCUGGCUCAUCGGGUAUGAUGAGGAGCGCAAGCUGCUGAGCGUAUCGCAGAUGUACGAGGAUGUGUCGCAGGACCACGCCAAAAAGACGGUCACCAUGGAGACGCACCCGCACCUCUCCGGGCCAUCCAUGGCGUCCGUGCACCCUUGCAGGCACGCCGAAGUAAUGAAGAAGAUAAUAGAAACGGUGACAGAGAGCGGCGGCUCGCUCGGCGUGCACAGCUACCUCAUCGUGUUCCUGAAGUUCGUGCAGACCGUCAUACCGACCGUUGAAUAUGACUUCACGCAGAACUUCACUAUACACUAAUCUACCAUUUUCUACCAUAAAAUUCUAUCAAAUAUUUAUAAUCUACCAUAUUCUACCAUAAGCUUCUGUCAAAUACUUUUUUUUUUAGAAAACAAAUUUGCAAUCUCUGUAUAGCUAGUGGUAGAUGGAGGAUGGAAAUACAAGAUUUGAUAUUAACUACCAUCGCCAGAGUUUUAAUGUCUAACAUCUGAGUAGAUACGUUUAUAUUUUACGGUCGAUAAAUAUACGAGCAUUAUUAUGAAUAAAAUUCUUCUAUAGUUUGGAAUAAAUUGUGUGCAAAAAUAUCAAUUUUAAAAAUUAACGUCACUCCUCAGUGUCAGAUAACACAUAUUUAUCUGGCAUCCCUUCCAAUUAAUUUACAAUGAGUUUAUUUCUAUUCACGUAAUUGAAAGUAUAUUAAUUGAUUGAAUAAUUACUCGCACGCUUAAGAGCCAGUGUAGCGCUAGUGUCGCUAGUGCAUGACCUAAUUUGAAAGCACAAUUAAUAAUUAUAAAUGAUGGUUUGAUUUUGGAGAGGAAAGGCAUUUUUGCUGCUCAUCAAGCGAGAGUUAAGAUUCACCAUAAGCAGCUGAUGAUCGGACGGAACAAAUAAAAUUACAAGUCUUAUCAGAUUGAUUUUUAUUUAUUUGCCGAACAUGGUGAUAUUUUAGACUCGGAAGUAUGUCGAUAAAAAAUAAUAGUUCAGGGCGAUACAUGUACAUACUUUAUAGUUGAUUUGAUAAUAAUAAAAACGAAAAAAAAUAAGUUUUGCAAAAAAAAGCAGCAGAAAUAACAAAUGUGCUAAGAAAUGUGAUAUUGUAGGAUUCGUUUGCGGCUGAAUGCAUUUAUAAUUCUAUGCUGCUAGAAAUCACAAAUGGUUUGUAAUAAAGCAAUGAAAUGCAUAGUUAAAAAUCUUUUAUAUAUUUUUAAUUUCCUGUAUCGAAUCACAGAUAUUUCUGCAUUUUUUAGAACAGCAUGUAGGUUUAGUACCCAUAGGUGUUGGUUAUUCAGAAACAACUAUAAAUACUUGAAUGCCCAAUAUUGUUUGUAAGUCAACCUUUUAUUCGUACAAAAUACGCUCUUUCUGUGUUUAUUAUAUAGUUUUAGAUUCGAUAGUUUUUAGUUGAUAAGUUCAAAUCACCACCCAAUAAUUACCACCAAAUAAACUUAGCUUCUUUAAAAGCUUCUUUAAUAAAUAUUUAAGCACUGCUUUAUUCCUUUUUAUUAUUAUAUAACUUGAAAGACAGAUGCAGUUAAAAUUAUCCAAACUAAUUUUUACGAAUAGGGGCCUAUGAUCUGGAGGCCUACCGUGACGUCAUAAAGCAGUAAAUGAUCAUUUCAAAAUUUUAGGCUUCAAAAUAUUCAGGAUUUCAUUCACUUUUUGUGUUUAAAAAUUAUCUUAUUCUGAAAAUGUCGCAAUCGCGAAGUGACGUCAUAAAGUCAGGAAUACAUUACUAUGAAUGUCAUAGUUAUAGAUUUUCGAACUUUUUUUGUAUCUGAACAAAAUUUAGCAAAACACAUCUUUAGUUUGCCGCAUGUAUAACGUCAUCACAUCAUUUAAUCCAUGCGACAAAAACUGAACAAAAACAUUUUCUGUGGAUGUAAAAGCAAGAUAAAGAAAUAUUAUUUUUUCUUUCAUGGUCUUAUUAAAAAUGAAGUGUUGUCAAUGCCAGUGUGGGAAAGUGAUGGCGCUAGACCACGUAUCUAGUCCCGUCCUGCUUUAGGACGUCAUAGUAACCUCCCUGUAACGUAAACACGAACUGACUGUCUAUAAAUUAUGACAAUCUGUAUGAUAAGUUAUUCUUGUAUAAUUACUCUUUCCUUAGUCUAAAUUGGUUGGGUAAAUAAAUAAUCGUGGAAUAAUUCUACACCUGCUAAUGAAAAUAUCGCAUGGAACAUUGGACUAAAUAAAUAUCAGUACAAAAACAGAUCUCAUGAGAACUGAUAAAAAAUAUUAAAAAAUUUACAUGUUUUGAAUGUGAUAUUCUGUGGAGAUAUUGUAGUGUUUAUUAUAUGCCACUUCGUCAAAAUUAUUCGUUGCCAUUAUUUGAAUGUAGUUUAUGCUCUAUGUACGGAUCUCAAUAUAGAUCAAUUAUCAAGCUUUUUGUAAUUUUUAAUGUAUGUUAAGCUUGAUUUUGUUAUUUAAAUAAAUAAUUAUUUUGCGA